AUGCGAUUGAAAGCAGCAUAUUCUACAGCUGAAGCAUUGGAUUAUUGUAGUAGUGCAGGCUUUGCAUCCUACAAUAGUUUAAGUGCUUACUCAAUUUUGUUUGAUGAGAAUGGUGAUGCAUGUCUUUCCUGUUUUGGGUUAAUGAAGGAGAUCAACAAUGAUCAAAGAACAACUGGUAAUCGAUUUUCAAUAAUCUCUUCAUAUUAUUAUUAUUAUUAUUCUUAUGUGAACCCUGAAAGUGUGAUGUUUAGAUUUGGUACCAUCCUUAUGGAUUUGCUAAGUGGAAAGCCAAUUCCUCCAAGCCAUGCUCAUGACAUGAUACAUGGGAAAGAUACUGUUGAGUUGAUUGAUCCAAACUUGAAGGGAAAUUUCUCUGCAGAAGAAGCUACCAUAGUUUUCAAACUCGCUUCUCGAUGUUUGCAAUACGAGGAUAUAGAGAGUAUCAACACGAAAGACAUUGUUACAACACUUGAAACCUUGCAAACUAAAACAGAUGCCCCAUCUUACGCAAUGCUUGAAAUGGUGAAUCAAAGAGAUUUAUCUUGGAAUAAACUUUCUCCACUAGGAAAGGCCUGUCUGAGAAUGGACCUCACAGCUAUUCAUAAAAUAUUGGUGAUAGCAGGAUAUGCAGAUGACAAGGAGGUGAUCGAGGUAACCAAACACAUCAACUAA